ACUUCUCCUUCUCAUACGAGCCUGCCAGUGGGCACACACGAAAGUGCUUGGGACCAGCCCAGUUGUUGCGACAUCGACUACGCUACAAUGUCUUCCAAACGCAAGUGGGACCAAGCUGCACCAGAGUUAGGCCAAGCUGACGGUGAGGUACCUGUCAAAGCAACUAAGACAGAGGAGGGCAAAUCCGCAUCCGAGGCAGCCGCCGCCGCUGCAGCUAUUGCCGCUAAAAUUGCGGCCCAGUUCAGCGCAACAUCUGGUGCUGCUCCUGGAAGCAUACAAAUUGGUCAAAGGGAUCCCCAUGAUGCCGAGUUCACGCAUGACAUUGACAUCAACGACAUCCGGAACAGAUACUUACUCACCAGGUCUUCGACUCAGAGUGAGAUCCAAGAAGAAACGGGAGUGUCGAUUAGCACCAAGGGUGUAUGGUAUCCUGACCGAUCGAAAGCCACGGAAAAAGACCCUCCCUUAUACCUCCACCUGUCCGGCUCCGCCAAGGAUCAGCUGCAAAAAGCUAUUGAAAAGAUUAAUGACCUCAUAUCAUUGGACCUCGGCCCACUGGUGGAAGACAAAAAAGACCGCAUGCGAGAAAAGCGCAAAUGGCCAGAGGAGAAGUUACCUGUGGGGCUCGAGACGAUUCGAAAUUUCAACGUUCGUGCCAAGGUGGUUGGACCAGGAGGCAUGUUCGUGAAAUACAUACAACAAGAAACGAGUACUCGUGUACAAAUUAAGGGUAUCGGCUCAGGGUUCGUGGAGCAGGAGACCGGGAAGGAAUCGGAUGAACCAAUGCACAUACACAUAACUGGUCCAGAUGAAGGCCAGGUUGCACGGGCCAAGGUAUUGACGGAAGACCUUUUAGAGGUUGUCCGUGCAGAGCAUGCGAAAUCUCAGGCGGUGCUCGUACAACAACAAAUGGAAUUACACCAUGCGCAGAUGCAGUAUGCGCAAUACAGUGUGAUGGCAGGCGGCUAUGGUACAGGUCCUCUACCCCCUGAUAACGCGCCACCGCCACCUCCUCCUGGCGAACAACCCCCACCGCCUCCAGACGGCGCUGUUCCACCUCAACCACCGGGUGCAGGAGCGCCGCAAUCUGCGACGGAUGCCUACGCGGCAUACUGGGCUCAAUAUGGUUACGACGUCAACUCUCCGCAAUUCAAAGAAUGGGCGGCGAGUCAGCAGGCACAGUAUGGGCAGUACUGGGCUCAACAGGGUUACGCGGGCGCCGCAGCUGGCGGCGCAACCGCACCGCCUGCACCAGCACCUAGCGAGCCUGCACCACCUCCGCCCCCGCCGGCAUAGCUGUAGGAUAUAUACUCCCGAUCGGAGGACACUAUGCGAUCUGAUAGUUUCUUGCUCAUAUCUUUUUCAAUAAAU